CCGCUCCCCUUAUUUUGUCUUUCACAGCUCUAUUACAUUUAGGGGUUUUCCUAAUUAUUAAGAGGAAAAGAUAAGGAAUCUAUACCCACCCCACCCUACAUCCUCUCCAUUAUUGUUCCUCACCUUCUGUCUCUAUCUGUGAAAAUCUGACCAAUCUCAAUCGUUGUAUACCUCUCUCUCUCUCUCUCUUUCUGGACAAGAAGAAUUGUUUUUCUUUUGAUCCAAAGGCUUCGUUAGUUACUUAUGGGUCCUGACUUUAUCUUAUGAUUAUUGUAGGGUUGGUGUUUGGAUUCUUGCAAAAAAAAAUAAUACUAAAUUUGACGGUAGGUUCCAGCACCUUAGUUUACUAAACACGGAUGACAUCAGAGAAGCAAGAUUCUGGGUCUCGUGUUCCUCUUUUACCUGUGGACCAGAAUGAUAGGUCAGGGGGAGGAGGGUCAAUAUCUGGUGCCAUAUUCAAUAUUUCGACCGGGAUGGUUGGUGCUGGGAUCAUGUCAAUCCCUGCUACUUUCAAGGUUCUGGGUGUAAUUCCCAGCUUCUUUGUUAUCCUGCUUGUUGGCUACUUUGUUGAAGUGACAGUUGAUUUCCUAUUGAAAUAUACUCAUUCAGGCGAGUCGGAUUCAUAUGGUGGCCUUAUGGCUGAGUCUUUUGGCAAGUUUGGUUCUGUUGCUCUUCAGAUAUGUGUCAUGAUAACUAAUCUUGGUGCCUUGAUCAUUUACUUGAUUAUUAUUGGGGAUGUCCUCUCAGGAAAUAAUUCUGAUGGAUCAGUGCACUUGGGUACUCUACAGGAAUGGUUUGGCAUCCACUGGUGGACCUCACGGGCAUUUUCAGUUCUCUUUGUGGUGCUUUUUGUCAUGCUUCCAUUGCUCUGUUUUAAGCGCAUAGAUUCACUAAGACAUGCAUCGGCAAUAUCAAUCCUCCUGGCUAUGCUGUUUGUUUUCAUAUGCUCGAUGAUGGCAAUACAUGUAAUGUGGGAGGGAAAAACACAAAAGUUACGACUGGUACCAGAUUUCUCUCAUGGAGUUUCCUUUUCUGAUCUGUUCACAACCAUUCCAGUGUUUGCUACUGCCUUUGGAUGUCAUGUAAAUGUUCAUCCGGUCAGAGCUGAGCUGGGAAGGCCAUCUGACAUGACAUCCGCUGUUCGCAUUUCUUUGAUAUUAUGUGUUGCCAUUUACUUUGCUGUGGGAUUCUUUGGGUACCUAUUGUUUGGGGACUCGAUCAUGGCCGACAUGCUGGUCAACUUUGAUCAAACCUCCGACUCUUUAAUUGGUCAAGUACUUAAUGAUACUGUUCGAUUGAGUUAUGCCAUUCACCUCAUGCUGGUGUUUCCUGUGAUGAAUUAUUCUCUGAGGGUUAAUGUGGAUGAACUAUUCUUUCCUAAGAGACCUCUGCUGGCCACGGAAACAUUACGAUUCUUUUCCCUUACCUGCAUUUUGCUUGCGUUCAUUUACGGAGGUGCUGUAGCCUUUCCAAAUAUUUGGUACUUCUUUCAGUUCAUGGGAACAACAACAGUCAUGUGCAUCAUGUUCAUAUUCCCGAGCUCAAUUGUUCUUAGAGAUGCUCACAGCAUAUCUACAACUCGGGAAAAGAUAUUGGCUGUAUUGGUGAUCAUCUUUGCCGUUGGGACUAGUUCAGUUGCCAUAUACUCUAAUAUUGCCUCUAAUAUUGCCAACAAAUGAUUUUGCUGGGUGGCACUCUCACAAGAAGUUGACUGAUGCUGGAAAGUGGUUAAUUAUGCAUACUGAUCAGAAGAAGUUCUAGGGAGCAUGGGAGAAUUAUCAGUAAACCAAUGAGAAAUGAGACCAGCUUGUUCUUAGCAAUGCCUGCACGAUUUUUGGUCAUCCAGGCAAAGGGGAAAGCACUAUCAGUACGAUUUUUGGUCAUCCAGGCAAAGGGGAAAGCACUAUCUGUAUCUCUAUGGGUUUUUUGAGUUAAUAACUCAAAUGGUCGCUCAACUUUGGACUUAUCCCAGAAAUUCACUCAACUUUGAUCUUUACUUCAAAAGUCACUCAAACUAUUUAUUCAUUUUUUUAAAUAACAUUUGCUUAUGUGGAAUUAUUAUUUAAAUGCAAAAUUCAGAAAAAUAAAAAAUUAUCUCUUAA